AUGUCUACCGUCAAUCCAUCCUUUGAGGAGGCCAUUAAGGUCACUCCACAAGGCCAGAACAAAUACAGCGCCUAUCUCCGACCCGAAUGGUGUAUUGGAACCGUUCCCCAUGGCGGCUAUACCACCGCAGUAAUCUACAAACUGGCCCUCACGCAUUUCGCGCACGCCCACCCAAAUCAAUACAAAAGCCCCGCAUCCCCAAUCUCCCUGCAACUCUCUUUCCUCCGGCGCACAGCCUCAGGUCCCGCAACCUUCGAAGUCGAAGACGUCAAGCUGGGCGCACGCACAAGCACAGUCCACAUCAGGCUCCUCCAGCCCUCCGAGAAACGACCCGGUCAGGUGGACACCAUGCUCGCCGGCUAUGUGACUGUCAGUCCUCCAGACGCCGAGGUCGGGAUCAGCGCGAAGACCGGCUGGAAGCCCUACCCUGCUCCAGCGCCGGGCUCGCGCGCAGACGGCUCCGUUGAUCUUGCGGGAUUGGGUCGCACGGGCGCCGACGGCGCUUGGGUGAAGCUUGCAGCGCCUUUCCUUGAGUUCCGCAAGGCUGCUGGGCAGCUCGAGCUGUAUGGGCCUGGUGCUGGUGAGGCGCAGCAGAAGCGCUCGGGGCAGAUGGGCAUUGAACAGUGGGCGCGGUUUAGACCCGAUGGUGAUACCAAUGGUCGCUGGACGGAUGCUGCGGUGGCGUAUCUGAUUGAUAUGUUUCCCAUGGCGUUGGAUGGGUUUGAUGCUAUGUCUGCGACUGCGGCGGCGAAGGAGGGCGGAUCGGCGGCGCAGAAGGCCAAGUUUUGGUAUCCGACGGUUACGCUUAAUGUGGAUAUGAAGAAGCAUCUUCCUGCGGAGGGUGUGGAGUGGCUUUAUAGUCGCAUUGUUACAAAGGUUGUUCGAGAUGGCCGGACGGAUUUGGAGGUUACGAUUCUUGACGAGGCAGGGGAUGUUAUUGCGUUGAGUACCCAGGUUGGGUUAGUUGUGAGUGCUAGUCGGAAUAUCGGAACGAGGAAGUUGGAUAAGUUGUAG